UGGGGAUUCAAGCGAAUGCUGAAGACCAAAAGUAAAGGGCCACUUGAUCUAACACUUUAAGGAAACAGUAUGAGAAAGCAUUAUUUCCCAAAACGUGCAGCUACUUGUUCGAUUUUGACACUUGACAUGACUUGGGUGGCUUAUUAUUCCUAUUCGGGAAAUUGUCCCAAAAGUCAAAACUGGGGCUACUUUUUCUCCUAUGGAUUCUUCUAAUUGUUUUCCUUGUCCCCCCAAAUCAUCCUUCUGCCUGAGGAGAGGAUAAGAGAGCCCGAGAAAAGAACAGAAACUGAACGCUGGUGUUUCGGUGGUUAGGGUUUAGGGUUUAAGAGAAAAUACGUAUGGCGGUGUUUGAAUGUUUAGGAUUGGGGGUUCAAGAGAAUUAUGAUAGAAGAAAACAUAGAUAGGGUGAAUCGUAGGUUGUUUAUCGUCCACCUUAAAAAUGGUUCUCAUCACUGCACCAUUGCCAACAGUACCAACCCACCACGUAUUCUUCGACGAAAACGUGGAUUUCAACAACAAAUACCCACGUACUUUGCCUCCUCCCAACCAUCAACUCGAGCUUCGACUACCCCUGCGCCGCACCAUUCACAACUUCCCUAAUCACACUUUCCCACAACCCCUUACUCCCAAAACAACCACUUUAACAAAGAAGAAAAAGAAGAGAAAAGGGGCUGCAACCUCUGACAUAUUGCACUUAAUGGACGCUCUACCCUUUCCCAUAUCCAUUGAUAUCUACACCUCUUUGAUAAAAGAGUGCACCGUUUCCGCCGACCCAGAAACCGCAAUUGAGUUGUACACGCACAUCGCCAAGAGCGGCAUCAGACCCCCCUUGUCUUUCCUCAACCGGAUUCUCAUCAUGUUCGUGUCCUGUGGUCUGUUGGAAGAUGCACGCCACCUGUUCGACAAAAUGCGUGUGAGGGACUUCAACUCUUGGGCAACCUUGUUUGUUGCGUACUAUGAUAAUGCCGAUUACGAGGAGGCUACGGAUGUUUUUGUCAACAUGUUGGGCCAGUUGGGUAUGCUGCAAUUUCCUCCGUGGAUAUGGGCUUGCCUUCUCAGGGCCUGUGCCUGCACUGUGAAUGUCCCUCUGGGAAUGCAAGUUCAUGGGUGGUUGUUGAAGUUGGGGUCUUGUGAUCACGUGCUUCUCAGCAGCUCCUUGAUCAACUUCUACGGGAGAUUCACGAGCCUGGAAGAUGCGAGUGUUGUCUUCAAUGGGGUGUCUCGGCAUAGCACUUUGACUUGGACGGCUAAAAUUGUUAGUGGUUGCAGGGAAAGGCAUUUCUCUGAGGCUUUUGGCGACUUCAAGGAGAUGGGAAAGCGAGGGGUGAAGAAGGACUGCUUCACGUUUUCUAGUGUUCUCAAGGCGUGUGGCAAGAUGCUGAAUCAGGAACGGUGUGGUGAGCAGGUUCAUGCUGAUGCUAUCAAACUUGGGCUGGUCUCGGAUCACUAUGUGCAGUGUAGUUUGAUUGCCAUGUGUGGCAGAUGUGGGUUAUUGAGAGAAGCAAAACGGGUGUUUGAGAUGAGCCGUGAGGAGAGAAAGGAUGAUUGUUGGAAUGCUAUGCUUAUGGGUUACAUACAGAAUGGUUUGUAUAUUGAAGCUGUUAAGUUUCUGUAUCAGAUGAGGGCUGCUGGAAUGCAGCCCCAGCAAUCCCUGCUUAAUAGAUUAAGAAUUGCUUGUGGAAGUAUUACUUACUCAAACAUGAAUUAACUAUGUAAGAAGUAUAUUAUUGUA